AAUGUCUGAGUUUCAAAAGUGGAUCAUUUCCACUUUUUUCUAGAAAAUUUUGAAAUAAUCCCAAAAUUGUCGAGGUUUUGUUUUGGCAGAAAUGUACUUCUUCUUCUCUUCUUCCUACAAUGUCCUCAAUGCAACAUUGUAGUUAUUUGUGCAGAUAGUUUGGUCUGAACAAACUUCCAGAAACUUCAGCUCCUUCAAGAGACUCUGCUUCUAAUUUUUCUUGGAAAAGGUGAGAGUUCAGAGGUCAGAUGUUGCUUUAAUGUAACUAGUACGUAAACUUUAACCUUUUUUCAGGAAAAUCACUGGGAUCCCACCAUGGACGUAGCCGACAUGCUCAUAGAUAAAAUCUUCGAGUGGGUGAAGCUGCAGAAAGAAGGUGCAGAGAAGUUUGACAAACUGGCCACUGAGCUGGAGGAAACCAAGAAAGGUUGCAACAUCAGUAAAGUUGUAGGCAGCUCAGUGUCUGUAGGAGGAGCGGCGGCCAUGACGGUUUCUGGCAUAUCGGCCCUCGUCACUGGAGGAGCUGCGAUCCCGUUCCUGUUCACGGCUGGAGCCGUGGCCUCUGGCCUCGGUCUGACCACUAACCUGACCUCAGACGUUGUGGACAUCACUGUGGCGAGCCUAAACAUGAAGGAAGCCAAACAGAUCGGCGAGAAGAUUGAGAAUCUCGAAAAGGGGAUUGAGAAACUGAUGGGAACGCUGAAGGAGGAAGGAGAGCGGAGAGAAAAAGAGGCUUCGUCCUUUGAGAAACUUUCUCCAGAAGAUUAUGUUGUAGAAAGGAUUGUGAGGGCGAUGGCCAAACGAGAGGGGCUGAUGCUGAACGCCAGGAUCAGCCUGCAGAGCAUGCUGUCUGGUUUCUCCAAAACACUGAUCAGUGAAAAGGAGGCAGAUUUCGCUCUUCUUGGGAUUUCUUUAGCUGCCAAGUUUGCAAUGAUCGCAGCUAGAAAGUCUGGGAAGAGUUUGGUGUCGAAUGGCCUUCCAGAGCUGGCAGCGUCCAUGGGAGCAAAAGCUGCAGGCAAAGCAGUCGGACGGGUCGGAGCCGGAGUGGUAGGAUUGGCUUUUUCAGUUCCUGAGCUGGUGAUCAACUGUAUCGAUGUGAAUAACUGUAAGACAGAAGCCAGUCAGAGUCUGAGGAAGAACGCUGUGGACAUUCGGAAAGCAUCUGACCAGAUGGAAAAAGACCUUAAAAACAUCCAAUCGAUCUUCCGGAGGUUAGCCGAGGUCAAACGCUGCAUUGAAACCAAAAACAAGACCAGUGACGACAGUCAAACUCUGCUGAAGUUUGCACAGGAUACCUGCAAAGAUGAAUCAGUUAGGAAGUGGCUCAGGGAAAACGCAAAGUCUAAGAAAUUCUCCAUGUUGGUGGACAUGUUCCAGUUCCUGAAGGAAAACAUUGAUGAGGAAGAGGAGAAGAACCACAGCAACGAAGUCGACAUCACCUUUGUGGCUCAUGGUGCGAUCACUGACUCCAUGAUGCCAGCCAGCUGCCUGCUGCCUCUGCCCACCGUUUCCGACGUUGUCCUGUAUUCGCCCUGGAACUGCUACCUUGAAGCUACUGCAGCGUACGGCAUCGCCACAGGGAAGAUUCAACCGGUCCACAGGCAGUUUUACUGCUCACCUGAUCGUGGCUGCAAGGUUCCAGAUAACGGGCAUCUGCCCAAACGUCUCCCCGAUGGGUGGAACUCCAUGAAGACAGCUGGAAAUCAAAAGAUUCCCAACAUCAUCGUGUCUCCUUUAAAAACACCUGAAGAUGGCGUCUGGAAGAAAUUUGAGAGGCUAGAAAGCAGACAUGGCAACCCUGGAAGAAACCAUAUCCUCAUUCCAUUAAUCCUCCCUGAACAAGGAGUCAUCCCUCUCCCUGUGGUGACCUUGGCUCUGUCGCUGGUGCUCAUGUUCUCCAGGUUUCAGGCCACGCUCCACCUCACCGUCUGUCUGGGGAAACUAUCUAGAAAAAUGAAACUGGAUGAAGAAGCUCUGAAGCAGCAGUAUGCCUGCACCAUCGACUUCACAGCAAUGACCUCAACUGAGAAGAUGUUGGCCUCCAAGUUCCAAUCUAUAAUAUCUUCAGUGAUAAAGUUCUUCAGAAGAACAGAAAGCAGUGCAGAAAACCAAGUACAUGAGCGUCUGGCCAAUGCUUUCAAAGCCAUGUUCGGUUGAACUGAGACAAAACGGGUACUGAGGAAAUAUAAAAUAUGAACUAGAUGUUUUGGACUCUGUCUUCAGAUCAACGAGUUUUAUUUUGAUAGUCAUUACAAUUAAGUUUUUCUAAUUCCUGUUCAGUUUCUAGACACUUUUACUGCACUGCCAUCUAGUGGUCUUAGACAGCAAAUGAAAACGAUCAGUGGUUUAAUUAUUUCUUAAAGUAAAUAAUGUAAUUUAAUUUGUUUAUUUAGUCACAGUGAGAAUGUCAGACAUAGGAAGCAUAAGAAGUAAAAAUUCUAAAACCUGAUAAGAUCUGAUUUAUUUUAUGUGUUUCUUGUCUCUUCUUUUCCUUGAAUAAUUUAGCUUUCUGUGUUGUUUGGUAAUUAGGAUGAAUUUGAAUGUAUGUGUGAUUGAAUUGAAAUGAUAUUUUGUAAAAUGUCUUGAGACGACGUGUUUUAAAUUGGUGCUACAUAAGUAAAAAUUAACUGAAUUGAAUCUGCAGCUCAGACGUCUUCAGUAUUUCUUGGUAUUUUCCUUUCAGACUUCCUUCAAAAUAUUCAGAUUUUACAGAUACUGAAUAUUUACUCUGAUUCAUGCAUCAGUUCAGGGUUUUCACAUUUAAAGUAGAGCUUCGCAGGAGCAUGUGAAGCAGCUACAGGAUUUAAAUUCAUGUAAAACACGUGAAGAGCUGAAGAGUUCCUAUAACUCGACUCAUUUACAGGAAGAACCAUCUGAUUGGCAUAAAUUCCUGAGCCAACCAGGAAUUUGCUCAGGAACCUGUUGAAAUGAAAACAACAGGUGUGUUUUCAUUUCACCUGUGGGCAUGUCUGGUGAUUCUAAUCUGGUUUCUGUAAAUAAAACUCCAUUCUGACUCAGUGUGACAUGAAGAGUACAGAGACAGAAAAACAACAGAUAAACUAAACACAAUCAGAUGUUAAUACAUCAUUUAUUUCUGUUUGAUGAAUUUCUACAGAUUUUACUGCAUGCCUGGUUCACAGAGCAGAACCUGCUGCAGGUUUCUGAUCAGUUUUGGUCGGAUUCAGGUGUUUAUUAUGGUCAAUAAAC